GUAGCUCUUCACAUUUUCGCAUCACUAUCGCUAGUGGGCAAUUAUUAAUAAAAAAACAAAUCAUGUGCGUAGUCAAAGUUCGUGACAAGAUUGUAUUGCUAAUAGACCUAUAAGUUGUGAGAAAAUGGAUUCACUUUCAACCAGUUAUUAUAAUCAAUACCUUUUGACAGGUUUUUCAGUCCUUACAAUAGUUUUGCUGCUAAUGUUUGGAGUGUACCUUGCAAGGCCCAUCAAAAUUAAAGUUGCCGAAGUAAAAGAUCUCGUCAAAUCUGGUAUGAACAAACCUCGUUUUCGGAAACGGGACAAGGUUAUGUUCUAUGGCCGCAAAAUGCUACGCAAAGUCUCGUCUGUGAAGGAAAAAGUGAAGAUGAUUUCAGGUCAAGUUCGAGGACCGCCUGGCAAAAAAAGGAAGCUAGUCAUGAAAUUGGCACGACGCUUAUUGACACGCCGCGAACACAUGCCGCAACAGUUAAAAAAUGUUGAACCACCUAUGGAAUAUCUUCAGGAAGACAUAUCCGAAUCUAUCGACCAAAGGCUUCCCCCUGAAGUAGUUUACAUGCUUCAAAACAUGAGAAUGUUUGGCUGCUUCGAAAAACCAUUAUUUCUAGAACUCAUCAAGCACAUUGAAACCGUUAAUCUCCGAUGCAACCAACAUCUCUUUAUGAUUGGCGACCAGGAUACUAAUAUGUACAUAGUCCAAAGUGGUAGACUUAGAGUCUACAGCACGGAAGGGGAUGGCUCUACGAUAACACUUAAAGAAGUAAAAGGCGGAGAAGCAAUUUGUUCAUUGUUGAGUUUCACCGACUACUUAACUGGCCAACCAAGUGUUUUUAAAACUGUCGCUGCCCAAGCCCUAGAAGAAUCAUCUGUGCUUAAACUGCCUGUCUCUGCCUUUCAAGAAGUCUUCGACAAACACCCCGACGCAUUAGUUCGAGCCAUACAAAUAAUAAUGGUGCGUCUGCAGCGCGUCACUUUCUUGGCGCUCCAUCAAUACCUUGGUCUCAGUGCUGAGCUCGUCAAGUCAUAUCCAGCAAAGCAUCAUGGAGGAAGUGCGUCGCCAAUCAAACUCCGUAUGCGCGAACACAUUAUUACGCAGAAAAGUACAAAUGUGGCUGACCCAUUGGAAUGCUCCACACCGCCGACGACUCCUCUUUCAGAAGGUAGACGAAGAAUCAAAGAUGAAAAAGAUUAUCAGCUGUUACUGCAGGUUGGGAUUGAUGGGUUUGUAAAGCUCUUGGGUCUUGAAGAUUCGUCAUUCUUGGAAGGUCAUAUUGAGGUACGGGAGUUGGUACCCGGCACUUACAUCAUGAAAGAAGACGCGCAAAAAGACGUAGCACUUGUCUACGUAAUUUCUGGAACUCUAUGUGUGUCCCAGCGUGCUGCCAGCAAAAAUGAAGACGUUCAAAUGUUUUUAGCUCACUCGGGGGAACUAGUUGGUGGUUUAGCCGUUUUGACUGGAGAACCAAGUUUCUUCACUGUCCGCUCUCGUCAUACGGCUUGUGUUGCGAUGCUUUCAAAAUCUACAUUUUAUUCAAUAAUGUCUCAGCGACCGAAAGUUGUGCUACAUAUCGCACGCACUGUGAUUUACCGCCUGUCACCCUUCGUACGCCAAAUUGAUUUCGCUUUAGAUUGGGUUUAUAUAGAAAGUGGACGAGCUCUAUACAGGCAAAACGAUGAGUCUGAUUGCACAUAUAUAGUUUUGAGUGGUCGCCUUAGAUCCGUCAUUACACAUCACGAUGGCAAGAAAGAAUUGGUGGGCGAGUAUGGCCGUGGUGAUCUUGUUGGUAUUGUUGAAACCCUGACACAAAACCCUCGCAGCACAACUGUUAUGGCUGUCCGUGAUACGGAAUUAGCUAAACUUCCUGAAGGCCUUUUGAACGCCAUCAAGCUUAAGUUCCCAAUGGUAGUAUCACGUCUGAUCAACCUUCUAGGACAUAGAAUUCUAGGUACUUGGCAAACGCAAAGUUCCAAUUUCAAUCAAGCAUUACAACAGCGAUCCGCUCAAUCCAAUUUUUCCACUGUUGCGAUUCUACCCGUUUCCGAUGACGUUCCUCUUUCACAAUUUAGCCAUGAACUGUAUACAUCAUUGAGCUGGAUCGGUCCCACGGUUUUGUUGACAUCGGACUAUAUUCGGCGAACGCUUGGUCCAUCAAUCAUGGAACCAGCUAAUGAAUACAGGCUUUCUGCAUGGCUCGGACAACAGGAAGAUCAGCACCGGAUCGUUCUUUACCAGUGUGACCAGACUCUUACCCCUUGGACUCACCGUUGCAUUCGCCAAGCUGAUUGCAUCCUUAUCGUGGCGCUUGCUACGAUGGAGCCUUCCGUCGGCCAUAUUGAAAAGAAACUUGAAACGAUCGCUGUCCGAACACAAAAAGAAUUGAUUUUACUUCACAAAGAAGGAGGAGACAAGCCACGAAAUACUGUUGAUUGGCUCAAUGCUCGCUCUUGGUGUUCAUCUCAUCAUCACAUUCAGUGCCCAGCAAGAAUGUUCUCAAAGAAGCAUGCGUUACGGCUGGCUGAAGGGUCGAGUAAAUCGCCACAGCUUUUAGAUCGCAAUAUUCAUUCAGACUUUUCUCGACUUGCUCGUCUGUUGACGGGAGAGUCAGUUGGGCUAGUGCUUGGUGGUGGUGGAGCUAGGGGAGCUGCCCACGUUGGCAUGAUUCAAGCCAUUCAGGAGGCUGGUAUUCCAAUAGAUAUGGUUGGUGGUGUAAGCAUAGGAGCGUUCAUGGGUGCACUUUGGUGUAUGGAAAAGGAUAUUCAUCAAGUAACUCGCAAAGCUAGUUCGUGGUCUUAUAAAAUGACACAGCUUUGGCGCCAGCUAGUCGAUCUAACAUACCCAGUAACAUCUAUGUUUAGCGGUGCGGGGUUCAAUACUAUGAUUCGAGAAACUUUUGGGGAGGAUUCUCUAAUUGAGGAUCUUUGGCUUCCUUAUUUUACGAUCACUACGGAUAUAACUUCCAGCUGCAUGAGGCUGCAUAGUCACGGGUCCCUGUGGCGGUAUGUUCGAGCAUCGAUGUCUUUGAGUGGUUACAUGCCCCCGCUAUGCGACCCCAAAGAUGGCCAUUUGCUUCUCGAUGGCGGCUAUGUUAAUAAUCUUCCAGGCUCGCUGUGGCGAAGUGUUCGGGCCUCCAUGUCGAUUGCCGGAUGGCUACCUCCGAUGUGCGAUCCUACCGACGGUCAUCUGCUAGUUGACGGGUGCUACGUCAACAACGUGCCUGCCGACGUAAUGAGAAGUCGAGGGGCCAAACAUAUUCUGGCAAUCGACGUAGGUUCGCAAGACGAUACCGACUUGACUAAUUAUGGAGACUGUUUAUCUGGAUGGUGGUUACUGUGGAAGAAAUGGAACCCGUUUGCGAGUCCAGUUAAAGUGCCUAACUUGCCAGACAUUCAGUCCCGUCUUGCAUAUGUUUCCUGCGUGCGCCAACUUGAAGAGGUUAAAAAAAGUGACUAUUGCGAGUAUAUAAGGCCACCCAUCGACAAGUAUAAAACUUUGCAAUUUGGUAGUUUUCAUGAAAUCAAGGAUGUCGGUUACAACCAUGGGAAAACAUACUUCAUUGGCUUACAGAAAGCUGGACUUCUUGGUACUUACACCAAACCUGGUGUUCACCACCGGGAAACGAAGAAAUCCUCGCCAACUACCCAUACCUCUAAUAACUAUUAUCCGUAUAAUCAGCGUUACGGAACAAAUGAUACUCAGCACCGAUCUCAAGGUCGACGAGGACCACAAACGUUUACCGACCUGGCGGAAAUGGUAGCCAAAGUACGAGGCCCAGUCAAUCGAAUCUUUGAUGAUGAAACUUCUGAAUCGGGUAGUGACUUGGAAUACGAUAACGAUGAAGUCAGCAACGUUUCCGACCCCUACGACGAUCAGGAUCUGAUUGACCAUCGAAACCUCCGACAAAGGCGGAAGCGCAGCUCCCUAUCGUGCACCGACAGUGACAUCCUUUCCUAAUACCGAACUUUUUUUCUUAUUCGUAAGACGGAGAUGAGCGCACCAUUUAGGCGAGUCAAAGUGCCUUUUGCUACGUUUUGCAGUGUCAACUAUUCACAAACUGUUUCAAAUGUUCAAAUAUUGCAAGUAGAAAUAUACAGUAAGGUUGCCAA